AUGUUGGGGUCGCCUUCAGCCUUCGGAGGGCCCCACACAGUAUUCAGGGAAUUUUCUCUUUCAGCGAAGAUAUAUGGGGGCAAAGAGGCCAUACCACACUCCCGACCCUACAUGGCACUUAUAGAGUUCUAUAAUGACCAACAAGGUAAUAAGUACAGAUGUGGGGGUUUCCUGGUACGGGACAACUUCGUGAUGACAGCAGCUCACUGCCUUGGCAGGCACCUAGAGGAGCCAGUGACCUGUGCCCGGGACAGAGCUGCACUCCCACCUGCCCUCCAGAGGCUGCGCCGAAGCUCCUCACUCACAUCCUACUUGUUUUGCAGCCAAAUGACUGUCACACUCGGAGCUCACAAUAUCAGAAGGAGGGAACAAACCCAGCAGCUAAUCUCUGUGCUCAAAGCCUUCCCCCACCCGGCCUAUGAUAAUGAGACAUACAUCAAUGACAUCAUGCUGUUGAAGGUACUGUCCUGCUGACUUUCAGGGGCAACUGCACAAGUUACGGGAGCGAGCACCCCACUAUGGUGUGAGUCCUCCCUCCCAUGGGAUGCUCCUCCCAGGACAAUGAACAAGAAGGGGCUGGGGGAAGACUCCAGCGGGAAGGCGGGAGUGCAGCGGGUCCAGGCAGCCUCCCCACUGCAGGCGGGACCUGACCUGCCUCUUCUCCUUUGUGACCAGCUGAAAAACAAGGCCCGACUCACCUGGGCUGUGCAGACCAUUGCCCUGCCGCAAUCUCCGAAGUGGGUGAAGCCAGGGCAGGUGUGCAGUGUGGCAGGCUGGGGAAAAACGGAUAGUGGCAACUCUGCAGACACACUUCAGGAGGUGGAUAUGGAAGUGCAGGAAGAAAAGAAGUGCAAGGUUCAUUUCCCCAGAAUGAACGAAAAAAUCCAGCUGUGUGUCGGAAAACCUAACUCCAAGAAGGCCACUGGCGGUGUAAGGAAACAGUCACCUUCCCAGUCUUGCUCUUGUGUCACUGUGACAUUGGGGUGCACUCCCAGUCCUCAGUAUAGUGGGCCAGGUCCUCUGGUGGGUGGAGGAACGUUCUUCCCACAGUGGGGUUCUGGCAUCUCUCUCCAGCCAUCCUCUUGUCCUUUGUCCUGGAACAAGAAGGUGUUC